UAUAUAGUAUAUAUAUAUAUACAAUGUGCAAAUGUGCGCAUAUAGCGCUUCUAUUCAUUACUUUAUAUGGAAACUACUAAAAGUUGUGAAAUAAUAUGCCAGCAAAAAAGUGAUUAAAUAAUUUUAUUAUUUAAAUCAACAAAGGAAAUAUCAUAAUAAUAAAAUUAAUAACAAUAAUAAUAACAAUUUUAUUUAUCAUUCUUUGUCUUAAAUAAUUUGUGAGUUAUUUUGUGACGAGAACUAUAUGGCUGCAUAAUCUUUUAUCUAUUAGCCGCAUGAAGUUAAUAAGAGAUGGCGGAACGGCAACAAUCGCCUGGUGAAUCAAAGCGUAUGUCAUUGGAUAAAAUAAUAGACGCAAUGACUGCGGAUUUGAAAAGUCCUAGUGAAAAUUACGUCCAAUUUGGCGUAACCCAGUCACAGACAACGACACCAACUUGGGGACACUAUUUGACAAGCAAUAGUUUAAAUUAUUCUACAACAAAUCAGUCGCCACCGGUAUCGCACCAGAUUCACCAGACUCAAAAUAUAUUACCAGUUAAUUCUGUACCAUCACCAAUUUAUAUGCAAGAUGUAUCGAGAUAUAACACCAAUAAUAUCGGAGAUCCCAUUUACUUUUCGCCCCAGACAGUUAAUCAUUUAGGAAUAAAUGAAAACAAUGACUUGAUUGGGACGAUUGACGUCGGCGGUGGUAAUUACAUCAAUGUAAUUUACGGUAACGGACCAGUAAUUGUAUCAGAACAAUGCCAAGUUAAUAAUUUGUCUGGUUUUAAUGGUCACCAGAGUAGAGAUCGUGAGUAUGGACUCUUUAAUGAGCCGCGAGUACCAGUUCAGCAUAACAAUUUUCAUCAGAACUCAAAUGGCAAGCAACUUAUUGAUAAUCUUGUCGGUAACUGGGUACCCAAUCAAUCUGGUACUUACAGUCCAUUUGGUAGCUCACCGAAUGUCACUCAAAUUCAAAAUCCAAUGAAAAUUAGCAGUGAACAUACGAAAGAACCGGAAGAAAUACCCAAAAGUGGACAUGGUUUACAACCGAAAAAACAGAGAAUUGUCGCUGAAGUCAAACCUAUGAGACCUUCAUACUCAUCUGUUCUCACUAAAUCAGCUCCGGCUCCUUCAUCGCCUCUAAAUAUACUGAGCACUAAAACACAGUCAGACAAUGGACUUAAAAAAACAACUGGUAAAAACUCUAAAAGCAAAAAUAAAAUCGGAUCAUUGAAACGUCAGAAUUCAUCGGGGAGUGACGAUCAUGGAUCACCGAAAAUUCAAGUUCCCAAAAAAUCAGUUGAUAAUAAAAACAAUCAAAAUUUAUCACGCCGUUGGGUUUCACUUGACAAUCUUGAAAUUCACAGUGAGUCUCAUGAAAUCGAUGGAUUUAAUCGAUCAGAUCAGUUUGAAAAACGUAAAAGUAUAAGGACAUCGAAAAAAAAUGAUAAAGAUGAAACUUUGAAUAACAAUAAAUUACAAAAUGGAAAUAUUAAAUCAGCUGGUAGUAUGCAAAAACGUCCAAUUCAAAUAAAUAAUAAUCUUAAUAAUUCAUUUUGUAAUUUUAAUCAAGCGACGAUGACAGAAAAAAUUGAUAAGAAUCAGCCGCUCAAUAAUAAUAAUAACAGUAGUAGUAAUAAUAUAAAUAACAGUAAUGGGAAAGGUGGUAAAGAUGAUAAGAAAUUGAUAAAAGAUAAAAAUUCAAAACGUUUUCACGCAGAGAAAGCUCAGCAAAUAAAAAAAGGUCAGAAAUAUCGCAAACGAGAUAAUCGUGAUUUUCCGAUAAAAGAUUUUUGUAAAAAUUUAAAUAAAUAUGCAAAUCGUUGGUGUAAAUUAUUUAUAAAAAUUUGUACAUGGUUACUGCAUCUUAUAUCAGAUGUAGUGAGUAUGAGUACAAACCUUGUGAUUCAAUUUAUUAAAUGCAUGUGGUGUCACACUGUAUUAUAUUUAAAAUACUCGUGGGCUUAUAUAGUAUCGACAUUUCCGAAAAUACGUUUUUUAAAUGCCAUAGGAAAACGACUAGACAAUUUGAUUGGUAAUAGUAAAUUUGCAUUUUGGCGGCGUAUUAAAACAAAUAAUAAAAAAUUAGAUAGAGAAGAAAAUACAAAUUGGAUACCAGGUAGAUUGGAGACAAAUAUAUCACUGCCGAGUACUGGAGAAGAAGCUAUGAAAAGAUUGCUUGCUUGCAAAGGAAAGGAUCCUUACAGUAUACUGGGAGUCACGCCGACGUGUUCUGAUGAUGAUAUUAAAAAGUAUUACAAACGUCAGGCCUUUUUAGUUCAUCCGGAUAAAAAUAGUCAACCAGGUGCUGAAGAAGCAUUUAAAAUUCUUGUUCAUGCUUUCGACAUUAUAGGCGAACCCGAACGAAGACAAGCAUUUGAUCAGUCUAGGCAAGUUGAAGCAGCUUGGGGUGAAUUAAGUGAUUUAUUAUCUCAAUUGCAUCGAAAAAUGGAACAAGCAGCAAAUACAAUAAGAUGUACAAAUUGUGGAUCGAGGCACAAACGGAUUCCGACUCAGAGACCUUGUUAUGCAGCGAGAUUUUGUAGUCAGUGUAAAAUUCGUCACAGUGCUAAAGAAGGAGAUAUUUGGGCAGAAUCACGAGUUAUGGGGUUUUUAUGGCAUUAUUAUGCUUGUAUGGAAGGAGCUGUUUAUGAUGUCACUGAUUGGGCUGCUUGUCAAGCUGGUAAUCUUAAACAUUUACGGGCGAAUACACAUAGUGUUCAAUAUCGAAUCGUUUUGGGACAACGGCCGUCGACUCAGUCACCCAGCAGUGGUAAUAAAAAGCGACAACAUAUGGAUUCCAAUGCAACUGACGCUGAUUUUGAAGACUUUUUAAAUAAUUUGUACACACACAAUAAAUCGGGAACGUCGACUACUACAACAGAACAGCCGACCACAAAAAGUGAUAAUCGUCGACGUAAAACAAAACGCAAAUAAUUCAUUUUAUAUUUAAUAUAAAUGAGCGUUUUUAUGAUCUCUUAGCAGUGCACUUUGUAUAUCGAUUAUGGCUAAUGGAUCCACCGUUUAUUUUUUGUCUACUCAUAUCAGUUACUUUUUUUCUUCUCAUUUCCAUUUCUUAUAUCAAUUAUUAUUAUUAUUAUUAUUAUUAUUAUUAUUAUUAUUUUUUUCUUUUUUAUACCCCGUCGCUUUUCCACAUUACUAUUAACUAUUGAUAUUUAAAUAUUGACCACUAUUGUCAAUCAGUGAUAUUAUAUAUGAACAAAAAUAAAAUGAGAAAAUAAUU